AUGACUGGCUGCAGUUGCCGUCUCCAAAGAUGCUGCAGUGUCCCCAUCGGCCCGGCCACCACCCUCUGCUCCUCUGACUUGUACUGUCCAUGCGGACUCUGCCUGCCCAGCAUCUGUCCACACAAGAUCAGCCUCCUUCAGCCCACCUGCUGUGACGCCUGCCCCCCACCCUGUUGCGUGCCUGACUCCUAUGUGUCCUCAUGUUGGCUGCUCGACAAGGGCUACCCUGCCCCGAACCUGAAAGGGAUCUCAGUGUCCACCUGUGUCCAAUCUUGUGACUGUGAGCCCUCUUGCUGCUAA